CAGUGAGCCAAAUUUUUCCAAACUAUUUUCAAUGAAUUAAUAACAACUUUGAGGAAUAUUCUAAUAUCAUUUUUAGAUCUUGUCGAUUGUAUCCUACGUAUCGAUAAAUUAACGAUUGAACAUCAAAGAAUUCUAACAAUAUUAUUCAUCACUGCAGACGAAAUAAUAAGGAAAGAAGCACAGCUUCGAUUGUUAUAUGGAUACUAUAAUAUAAAAAUCAUUCGGCAAUUGUUAGAUAGAUAUUUUUAUCAUCGAAAAGACGAUGAUUCUCAUAUGGAUCAACGCGAUUGGUUCCUAUAUUUGGGGAACUAUAGUACCAUGUCCGAUACAUUUGAAGAAGUUUGUUGACCAGAAUACGGUCUACACUAUAAUCGACGUAAUCGAAAUCACUUCUUCUCCUGUUAGAUGUUUAUUUCUUGGUCUAUUAAUAGAUAUUUGUGAAAAUAUCUUUUGUGGUCAUUAUCUAUGUACUUGGCGUGGAAUUGAUAAGAACAAAGGAUUGAUGUCUUUGAUGGCAAUGAUUUGGAGAGAAGAGGAGAGUGAAAUCGGUGUGAAGAAACGAUUGGAUGGCACGAUCGAAGACACUGAAUUACCUCAGUUGGGUCCCAAACAAUGGUUAGAGACUUAUCGUAACAAGCUUAGACACGAAGUCAGUCCUGCAAUGAUCGAUUUGAUUGGCUCGUCUAGAUCCAAAAUUUAUGCUCUUCGUCAAAUUAUCGAAAGAUAUGGAGAAAAAUAUCAGAUGGCUAGAGAUCAUUACAAGAUUCUAAUUAAUGAUUUAUCUAUCGAAGAUAAGAUUACGAUGUCCACUGUGAAUCUUUACUUUCGAUUAAAAAUUGGACAGACUUGGAUCGAGAUCAGCAAGUAUUUAGCUCAGCUAGGUGUUAUACCAUUAGGAAUGGAUGGUCAACUUAUGUCUUUAAUGUCGCAACGAUAUCAUUUCUGGGGUCUUUUUAUUCGGGAACGUCAAAAUAAAUUUAAUGCUACCGCUAAGAUUAUCGAGGAAACGGAGGAAAAGAACGAAUACGCUAGGAUUCGUGAUUCUUUGCUAGCACCAACGCUCGAUGCUCUCGACGAGAUCGAAUAUAUUCGUAGAACAACCGAUAGAUCUUAUAUGUUACGAAAAAAGGAUUUUCAAAAUCGACAGGUGAACACGUACCUUAAUUUUCCUUCGAUUGCGGAUAUCAUGCAGUGUCAUAGGACAUUUCAAGAUAAUGUUAAUGUUACGGCAGUUUUCGACCAACAUCUUCAUCUCACUGGUAAACUUACACCCGACAGCGAUACAGAUCUAACGCUACCUUCAUCCAUUUUUCCAGAGAGUUCGUCGUCCUUGUGCAUGGAUUCUUCUAUUUACGACGUUUCCUUUUCAGAAGAUUCGUCUUGCGUAAAAAACGUCUCCUUUGAAAUUUUAGACGAAUGGAAUGACGAAGAAAACCGUUGAAAAGCGCCCUCUACGUUAGACGAAUAUGGAAACUUCCUACUUUACCUUCUGUAAUAAGAAAUAAUACUUUAUCGACAUU